GCUAAUUUUGAGGCGUCGCCCAGGGCUAAAAUGCUUUCGCUACUUGGCUAUGACCCUGAUGAUGUGACAAACCAGUUGGCUCUAGCUUGCCUCGAAUUGGAGGACAUUGAUGACCAGGACUUCUGCAAUGACGUUGGCAGCUUGUCACCCAAUGCAACUAAUGAUGACCUUGUUGAAGAUAGCAGCAGUGCUUUUGACGGCAUUGCUGCAAAUCAAAAGGAAAACGAGUGCUCGCCUUUCACUAUUCCUACAAGUUCAGGUGAUGCUGACAGCCUGCUGACGAAGGCAUUACUGACAGGAAACAUUGAUGCGGCCGUGAACUUGUGCUGGCAAGAGGGCCGCUGGGCUGAUGCCCUCAUUUUGGCACAGGCUGGUGGUUUGGAACUCAUGCAGAAAACACAAUAUCGCUACUUCAAGCAGGCUACUUCAGAUUCAGCAAAGCUCAUCUCUGCUGUUGUACACUCUAACUGGGUGCAUGUGGUGGAAAACUGUGAGAUCAACUGCUGGAAGGAGGCCCUAGCAGCUGUACUUACCUAUGCUAAGCCUGAAGACUUUGCAGUACUCUGUGAAAGCCUUGGGAGUCGGCUGGAAAACACAUCACUGGUGCCUUAUGCAAUGCUCUGCUAUAUUUGUGCGGGCAACUUGGAGAAGCUGGCACGCUGCUGGGUGCAGAUCCAAUGCAAAGCUGAGAGUCCGGAGUCACUUCAAGAACUGGUGGAACAGGUGAUGGUUCUGAGGGCAGCCAUCAGCCAGAUGGGUUCACAGCCACAGCCUAUAGAAUCUGGAGUGCUUUCAAGCCUGCUGAGCCGCUAUGCUGCUCUACUUGCUGCUCAGGGAAGCCUGAACGGAUCUAUCAACUACCUGAUUGACACCUCAGAGCCUUCACUAGCAAUUCUACGAGAUCGAAUCUGCCAGCACCUAGGCAUGCCAUCACCACACUUCCCUUUUCCAAGAAUUGAAGUCCUGGGUCAGUUCUCAGCACCGUCAGCUGGUGGCAGUGUACAGCAGGGUAGGCCCUUGACAAUGGGAGGCCCCAGAGCUGGCCUUCCAGCACCAACUGGAAGUCGCUUUGCUAGCAACACAGGGGUGUCACAUUCACGCAUGGCUUCAGCGGUUUCAUCACAGACUCAAGCCUUCUACCAAGGGGGCCAGCAGGUUCCUCCAGCUGGAGCAUCU